AUGGAUACUCCAAGACAACAUAAUAUCAAUGGUAAAGAUACUCCGGGAACCGAUGGUUACCAACCUAUUUCAAAUUUUACAUUAUCAAGCGAUAUGUUGCCUACACCUAAUGGUUCUGACCAUAAUGCUUGUUCGGAAUCAAUCAUUAUGUCUCCCUACACUAUGUUACCAAAUCCUGCGGAAGGCACUUUUCGUGAAGAUGGGUCUUUUCUUCCCGGUUAUUUGUCACCACCUGUUAUUUCACCAAUCUUACAACCUGAACAAUCUAUAGCAAGGCAAAACGAUCAUAAAUCAAACUCUACUUACAACCAAAUGUCUAAUAAUCAACACUAUUCGCCAUUAAAUAAGCCAAAAAGCGUAAACAAUUCCGUGACACAAGUAUCAGGAAAAAAUUCUAGCCCUGAUAACAGUAACAACAUUGAAAAUAGUAAUAACACAAAAAAAAAUAUAAACAAACUGCCAACUAUCAUGACGGGUUCUCCAUCAAUGAUGCCUGAUAUGAACAUGUCUUUAAAAGACUUGGCUUCAUCGAUGACUACACAAGAACCUAUGCCAAACUUGAAUCUUGGCGGUAAUCUUGUGUCUGAAGUAACACCGACACAACCUUCAUCUGCACAUCUUUCAGAUGGCUCAUCCUCUUCCUUAAAUGGCACCAUUGCUCCAAUAACGCCUUCUUCUCUUAUGAAAUUGAAUAAUAAACAAUUUUCCACUCUUAAUUCUAUACAAGACGAUCAAAUAGUUAAUACUCAACAAGUACAAAUACAAAAUCAACAAACCUUUAGUAAAGAGACAGGACAACCUACUUUUAUAGCACCAAGAUCAAGGAUCACAACUUCUGGUCCGCAACGUAUAUUGGUAGUAUCACCUAAUGUGUCGCCAAUAUCUCCAAGAAUGAAUCCGGUGACAAUGUCACCAAUUAUUUUGCCACAUUCGUCCGGAAGAAAAAUUGUUCAUACGAAUCAGGCUGUUUGUUCUCCAUCAGCGCUUAAUCCUUCAAAGAGUCCUCAAACAUUAAAGCCUACAAUAAGUCCAAGCCUGAAACCAAAGUUACCAGGUGUGAUAGUAGAAGAAGUGGCAGAAAAAUUAGCAAGUCAAUCAAAUUAUAAAAACAUUUUAGAGGGAACAUCAAAAUCACUCGGUAUAUCCUAUUCGUCUGAUGUACACUCAAGUCUAGAGUCUCGACGCACGACACAUAAAGCUGCUGAACAAAAACGUAGAGAUUCAUUAAAACAAAGCUUUGAUGAAUUAAAAAAAGUAGUUCCAUUGCAUUCCAUUACAAGCAAUAAUAUUAAAGGAAAUAACAAAAACGGCUGUGGAAAUGAUCGUAACACCACAAAAGGUAAAAGUUGUGACAGUAAUGGAUCAUCGAAAAAUAUCUCUAAAUUACUUUUACUAAAGCGAGCGCAUGAUCAUAUUGUUGAGCUUCAUCAACAGACAAAAGAAAAGGAUGAACUUAUUCAAAAAUUAACAAAUGAACUUGAUGAGCUUAAAGUAGCGAAAAAACAAAAAGUUGAGCAUGAUCAGAAAAGUGAUGAUAUGGAAAUAACUGACGACAAGACAGAGUAUUAA